CAGACAGUGGGGACCAGAGGGGGUUACCCAGCUGUAGGUAGCUGCUGCGCCAUCCCCUCCCAGUAGGCGGCCCGGACCCGGGUUUACUUCUCCCCUCACCCCCGCCCUCCAGUUACUCAACCCCCCUCCUUUCCCGCUUCUUCCCCUCUAUCUAGUCCCUCCCCCUCGCCUUUGAAAAGGGCUGGCUCGGCACCGGCUCCAUGCAGUAGAUGAACCGUCAGGGUAGGAGGAUCUGCGAGCCCGCUCGAGCCAGAGCUACACGCAGCGGCCCGCGUGGCAAAGCAGAAAGCAAGCUAACUGAAUGCGCCGAGUGACAUUAGCAGCGGCGACACAGGCCGCCCAGGCAGCCCCGGCGUCCUGAACAGCCUCAGAGGCAGCCUCCACGACUCCAGCUGCUUCAGGGACUGUGAGCUGUGGCGGUUGAGCGCGCUACAGCAAUUGCAGUCUCGGUGGAGCUAGCGAAAGCCUUUUCUCUUUUUUACUUACCAUCUCAUUCUGCUGUAGAGGCUUCGUUCACUGGUUUUCUGUGGGUUGAUACAGAGAAUCAUCACAAUUGUGCCUGGUAUGGACUUGUUGUCUGGGACGUAUAUAUUUGCGGUCCUUUUAGCAUGUGUCGUAUUUCAGUCUGGCGCCCAGGAGAAAAACUACACCGUCCGAGAAGAAAUGCCAGAAAACGUUCUGAUAGGCGACUUGCUGAAAGACCUCAACUUGUCACUGAUUCCAGACAAGUCCUUAACAUCUCCUAUGCAGUUUAAGCUAGUGUACAAGACUGGUGAUGUGCCACUGAUUCGAAUUGAAGAAGGUACUGGUGAGAUCUUCACUGCUGGAACUCGCAUUGAUCGUGAGAAAUUGUGUGCUGGUAUCCUGGUGGAAACCCGUUGCUUUUAUGAAGUGGAGGUUGCUGUUUUGCCAGAUGAAAUAUUUAGACUGGUUAAGAUACGUUUUCUGAUAGAAGACGUAAAUGAUAAUGCGCCAUUAUUCCCAGCAACAGUUAUCAACAUAUCAAUUCCGGAGAAUUCGGCUAUAAACUCUCGAUAUGCUCUCCCAGCAGCCAUUGAUCCUGACAUAGGAAUAAACGGAGUUCAAAACUACCAGUUAAUUAAGGGUCAAAGUAUUUUUGGACUUGAUGUCAUUGAAACACCAGAAGGGGACAAGAUGCCACAACUGAUUGUUCAAAAGGAGUUAGAUAGGGAAGAGAAGGAUACAUAUAUAAUGAAAGUAAAGGUUGAAGAUGGUGGCUUUCCUCAACGAUCCAGUACUGCUAUUUUGCAAAUAAGUGUUGCUGACACAAAUGACAACAGCCCAGUCUUCAAGGAGGAUGGGAUUGAAGUUAAUAUACCAGAAAAUGCUCCUGUAGGUACUUCAGUGACACAACUCCAUGCAACAGAUGCCGACAUAGGUGAAAAUGCCAAGAUUCACUUCUAUUUCAGCAAUCUAGUCUCCAACAUCGCCAAGAGGCUAUUUCACCUCAACACCACCACUGGACUUAUCACAGUCAAACAACCACUGGAUAGGGAGGAAUCAUCAAACCACAGGUUACUGGUUUUGGCAAGUGAUGGUGGAUUGAUGCCAGCAAGAGCAAUGGUUCUAGUAAAUGUUACAGAUAUCAAUGAUAAUGCCCCAUCAAUUGACAUAAGAUACAUCAUUAAUCCAAUCAAUGGCACUGUGGUUCUUUCAGAAAAUGCUCCCCUCAACACCAAAAUUGCUCUCAUAACUGUGACAGAUAAAGAUGCUGACCACAAUGGCAUGGUGACAUGCUUCACAGAUCAUGAAGUCCCUUUCAGAUUAAGGCCAGUAUUCAGUAAUCAGUUCCUCUUGGAGACUGCUGCAUAUCUUGACUAUGAGUCCACAAGAGAAUAUGCCAUUAAAUUACUAGCUGCAGAUGCUGGCAAACCUCCUUUGAAUCAAUCAUCCAUGCUCCUUGUCAAAGUGAAAGAUGAAAAUGACAAUGCUCCUGUUUUCACCCAGCCUUUCAUAAGUCUUUCUCUUCCUGAGAAUAACUCUCCUGGCACCAAGUUGACAAAAAUAAGUGCAACGGAUGCGGACAGUGGGCACAGUGCUGAGAUCAAUUAUCUGCUAGGUGUUGAUGCUCCAUCUGAAUUUAACCUAGAUAAUCAUACAGGCAUUCUGACUGCAGUGAAGAAACUGGAUAGAGAAAAACGGGAAAAAUAUUCCUUCACAGUUCUGGCAAAAGAUAAUGGGAUGCCAUCCUUAAUAACCAAUGCCACAGUUUUAGUGACCAUUCUUGAUCAGAAUGACAACAGUCCAAUUUUUACUCACAGUGAGUACAACUUCUAUGUUCCAGAAAACCUUCCAAGACAUGGCACAGUAGGACUGAUCACUGUAACUGAUCCGGAUUAUGGAGAAAACUCUGCAGUCACUCUCUCCAUUUUAAAUGUGAAUGAUGACUUCACCAUUGAUCCACAGACUGGUGUUAUCCAACCAAAUAUUUCAUUUGACAGAGAAAAACAAGAAUCUUAUACUUUCUAUGUAAAGGCUGAGGAUGGUGGUAAGGUAUCACAUUCUUCAACUGCCAAAGUGACGAUAAAUGUGGUUGAUGUCAAUGACAACAAACCAGUUUUCAUUGUCCCUUCUUCCAAUAACUCCUAUGAAUUGGUUCUACCAUCCACUAAUCCAGGCACAGUGGUCUUCACGGUACUUGCUGUUGACAAUGACACUGGCAUGAAUGCAGAGCUUCAUUACAGCAUUGUAGGAGGAAACACAAGAAGUUUGUUUAUAAUUGACCAAACAACAGGCAACAUCACACUAACAGAGAAAUGUGUCGUUACAGACCUUGGUUUACACAGAUUGAUAGUUAAAGCUAAGGACUUAGGACAACCUGAAUCUCUCUUCAAUGUUGUUAUUGUUAAUCUAUUUGUGAAUGAGUCAGUGACCAAUGCUACAUGGAUUCAUGAACUGGUGCACAAAAACAUUGAAACACCAGUGACCCCAAAUAUUGAGACAACUGAUGCAUUCUCACCCACCAGUGACUAUGUCAAGAUCAUGGUUGCUAUUAUUGCUGGCACCAUAACUGUCAUCCUUGUUAUCUUCAUUACUGCUGUAGCAAGAUGCCAUCAAUUGCCACACAUUACGGCUGCUCAGAAAAACAAGCAGAAUUCUGAAUGGGUUACUCCAAACCCAGAAAACAGGCAGAUGAUAAUGAUGAUGAUGAUGAAGAAGAAGAAAAAGAAGAAGAAGAGGAAGAAGAAGCAUGCCCCUAAAAACUUGCUGCUUAACUUUGUCACUAUUGAAGAAACUAAGGCAGAUGAUGUUGACAAUGAUGGAAACAGUGUCACACUAGACCUUCCCAUUGAACUAGAAGAACAAACCAUGGGCAAGUACAACUGGGGCACUAUACCUACAACAUUCAAGCCUGACAGCCCUGAUUUAGCCAGGCACUACAAAUCUGCCUCUCCACAGCCUGCCUUCCAUAUCCAGCCUGAAACUCCCCUGAAUUCAAAGCACCACAUCAUCCAGGAACUGCCACUUGAUAACACCUUUGUGGCCUGUGAUUCCAUCUCUAAGUGUUCCUCCAGCAGUUCUGAUCCUUACAAUGUUUCUGAGUGCAGCUAUUCAGUGACAACUUUCAAAACUCCUGUGUCUGUACACACUAGACUGCCAAUGACGGAGGUUGUACGAUCUCACACCCCAAUGAAAGAGUCAACAACUGUGGAGAUCUGGAUUCAUCCCCAACCACAGUCCCAGCGGCAUGUCACAUUUCACCUACCAGAAGGAUCUCAGGAAAACAGCAGUGAUGGUGGACUGGGAGACCAUGAUGUGGGGAUUCCCAGCACAUCCCAUGCCCUGCCCCUUGGCUAUCCUCAGGAGCAGUACUUUGAUCAUACUGCACCCAAUAACCGCACUGAAGGGGAUGGCAACUCUGAUCCUGAAUCCUAGAAAGAGGGCCAGAGAGCAAAAGCAGGGGGAAUGACAGAGGGAGAAGAAAAAGCAGAGUCCUGGCUGAGCAGGGAGUCUGAUGCAGAGCUCGAUCCCAGGACGCUGGGAUCAUGACCCCAGCUGAAGGCAGAUGCUUAACUGAUUGAGCCACCCAGGUGCCCCAAUUUGUUUUCUUAUAUUUGUUUUCAAGUGUACUUUCCUUUUUUGGGACAUGUUUUAAUUCAAGACUGAGUUUCAGGUAUAUUAAUUACAUUUUCUGUUUUCAUUGAGGUUUAUCGUUUGAGCAGUAGAAUGUCAACUGCUUUGUUUACCUGCAGUCAUUUGUCUGCUUUCCACAGUAAUGCUCAGCUACCCAAGCUAAUUUUUGACAUAACCUUACAUUGUUUUAUUAGACAACCCUUACCUUUCUGGCUCUCAGAUAACUCUCAAGGAUCUGUUCUUGAGCUAGUUUCCUAUACCUAUUGUUAGUACUAAAUAAUCAGUUGUAAUUUAGGAAUUCAUUACUUUAGACUUGAGUUGUUGAAUUUGAAUCAGGAACUCUUUAGGGAUGAAUGUGAGAGGUGGGGAAGCAGGGUGACGUAGAAGUUCCUAAAGAGACUAGAAAAAUGGAUUACAUCUCAGUCAAAUUAAUCGCCUCACCUAUCUUCAUCUGAGUACUUAGUUAAUAAGUGUUUGUGAACAUAAAACAUAAUUCAUUCUUAUGCAUGAUAGAUAUGGAACUUUUCAUGUCAAUUAGAGAAAAUAAUGUCUUUUCAUACUUUUUCUUUUCAUGGCCAGAAGUUAAUGAAAAUGCAUGUAUAACUUUCCAAAUGACAAACUUAUUCCACAGGCCAUAAUAUUAAUCCCUUUAUGUUAAUCUAAUAGCUCCCUAAAUUCUCAGACUGAAGGAUAAAAUCAAAAUGCAGUUUUGUUAGUUUUGUGUUAGAUUACUAACAGUAGAUGCUAGAAUGGCAUAGAACAAUAUUUGUGAAAGGAAUUAAGUUUUAUUAGAGCAUUUGGAUAUU